AUGAAUGGGGAUGUGGAGAAUCAACCUUCAGAGAGUUUAAUGGUCGAGAAGACCUCAUUAGAAGAACAGAUUGAAGUAUCUGAAACAGGAAAUGAGUAUUUUUUCACGGUUUCAGACAUUCAACGUUUCAGGCAAUGGCUUACUGCCUUGAAAAUACGUUAUUGGAUAGACUUUAGGAACCAAGACGACUAUGAUGUAGCAUGGCGAAGAAUGACAAACAAAAGAGGCGAAUUAGUAGAGUUGAACAUUAAACUCUACCAAGAUAUCCAAAAACAGGUCAGAGACGCAGGCAACGACUCAGACAGCGAUAAAAUAAUAACAUUUAAUAUCCAUCUUUGGUUAAAAAAGUACAAUGGAUUUACAAGAAGUGCUAAG